AUGGGCUCAUCUGCCAAAGAUGUACGGGCUGUGCGCUUCACUUUCCUAACGCGCCUUGACGAUGGGGAUGUGGUGAGAGAACAUGAGGUGGAAAGCCCCGACAAUGCUGACUUUCUUAUCUCGUUCUUUGCGGCGGUUGGGGAUCAGAUACCCACAAACACGGAACUGAAGGACUGCUCAUGGAUUCUGUUUUGA